CCCUCCUCGUGCCGCCCCCGCCCCAGGUCGCCCCUGCCCCUGCCCCGGGGGGGAAGCGGCCCCGCGCCCUCCCGCCCGCGCCUCCGCAGCCGCCCUGCACCCGCCUCAAUAUGAACGGGCUCAGCGACCCGCCUCUUUUUAUAAAAGACAUUAAGCCCGGACUGAAAAACUUAAAUGUCGUCUUUAUUGUCCUGGAGAUAGGACGCGUGACCAAAACCAAAGACGGCCACGAGGUGCGGUCCUGCAAAGUGGCCGACAAGACGGGCAGCAUCACCAUCUCCGUGUGGGACGAGAUCGGCGGCCUCAUCCAGCCCGGGGACAUCAUCCGGUUGACCCGCGGGUAUGCAUCCAUGUGGAAAGGGUGUCUGACGCUUUAUACUGGAAGAGGCGGAGAACUUCAGAAAAUUGGGGAGUUUUGUAUGGUUUAUUCAGAAGUGCCAAAUUUCAGUGAACCCAAUCCAGAUUACCGAGGACAACCAAACAAAGGGGCACAUAGUGAACAGAAGAAUAAUUCCAUGAAUGGUAAUAUGGGUACAGGUACAUUUGGAUCAAUGGGAAAUGGGGUUCAGCCCAGCGCAGAACCACGGGGAUGCCAGUUUUCCUUUGCUGGUAGAAGCAAUGGCCGGGGGCCUGGGAGCCAGCAGCCAGCUGGAGCAGCUGGUAAUCAGACAGGCACGGCCACAAUGAGUAAUGGCAGGGACCCUCGGAGAGCCUUGAAAAGAUGACCGAUGCCAAAUACCCACAUGUAGUGUGUAAACUACGUGCCCUACUUGAACACGCACUGCACUUUUAUUUAUGGUUAACUGUGAAAACCGUUCUUUGUCGGUUCCCUUUUUAUGUUUCUGGUUUGUUAACAAGAGUUGUUUGCUUUUAUAGCAAGACUGUUAAGCUGCUUGAGUCUCCUGUGGAAGAAGGGGAACGCCUGAAAAGUAGGGGUGUUGAUUUCUAGAGCCAAAAUGUCUUUGGAUAGCUUCAACAGCCUGCCCCACCUCCCCCCACCCGUGGGGGAGCUACUUAAGACAUCAGCAUUACCUGCCUCUCUGAGUCUAUCUUUUGCGGACAGUUUGUAAUAUUUAAAAUAAGGCUUAGUGGGAGCUGUUCUCUGUCUUAAAGUGAUAUUGCCAACUAAAGUGAUAACCACC